AUGAAGAUUGAUCUGAGAAAGGCUUAUGACUCAGUCAGCUGGAAAUUUAUUGAAGAGCUUUUGAUGAAACUGAAAUUUACUGAUAAGUUUAGGAAAUGGAUUAUUACCUGCAUCACUACACCAACUUUUUCUCUCAGCAUAAAUGGUUGUUUAGUUGGUUUUUUAAAAGGAAGGAAAGGCUUGAGGCAGGGGGAUCCGAUUUCCCCCCUGCUAUUUGUUCUUGUGAUGGAAUAUUUUUCUAGGAUAUUGCAGAAGGUUGGGAAAAAAGAAAAUUUUGGAUUUCAUCAUAGAUGUAAAGAGUUGAGGUUGAAUCAUCUCAUUUUUGCAGAUGACUUGAUGUUGUUUUGUAAAGGAGAUAUACAAUCUGUGACAUUGAUGGUUAGAGCUUUAAAAGCUUUUUCAGAUGCUGCUGGGUUACAAGCAAAUCAAAUGAAGUCUGCAAUCUACUUUGGCAAUGUACAAGAAGAAAUUAGAAGCAGGAUCCUUCAAGUCACUGGAUUUCAAAGUGGUUCAUUCCCUUUCAGAUACUUAGGAGUUCCAAUUACUUCUAAGAGGAUCUCUAUUUCAGACUGUGAUGUUCUCAUUGAUAGAAUGCUGAAGAGAAUUUUAUGUUGGUCUUCCAGACAUCUUUCAUAUGCAGGGAGAGCCACUCUAGUUAAUGUUGUGCUAUUGAGUAUACAUUGUUAUUGGGCCCAAGUAUUCCUUCUCCCUAAAUAUGUCAUACAAAGAGUAACCCAAAUUUGCAGAGCUUACUUAUGGGAUGGGAAAACUUUCAUACAUAAACCCUCAUUAGUGGUCUGGGAUUGGGUUUGUAGGCCUAAGAAGUGUGGUGGACUAGGAGUCAGGGAUUGUAUGGUUUGGAAUACAGCAGGAGUAGGGAAAUACAUUUGGCAAAUUGCCAAGAAGGAAGAUACUCUUUGGAUCAAAUGGGUCCAUAGUAUCUACAUUUGUGAAGCUAACUGGUGGGAAUAUAAUCCACCAAGUACUGCUAGCUGGGCUUGGAAGAUGAUUUGUAGAGUAAAGGAGAAGCUUAAACCUGCAUAUCAGCUUAACUUGUGGCUGGGAGGUAGGAAAGCAUAUACCAUUCAGGAAGGAUAUCAGUGGCUUAAAGGAGAUAUGGAGAAAGUGAGAUGGCAUCAUUGGGUAUGGAGCUCAAUGAACAUUCCUAAGCACUCAUAUAUAGCUUGGCUUGCUGCGUGGGGUAGAUUGAACACCAGGGAAAGAUUAAACAAAGCUGGUAUAUGUAGAGAUACUAGUUGUCUUUUGUGUGAUACUGGUAUUGAUUCUUGCCAGCACCUAUUCUUCAAAUGUGAGUUCAGUAGAAGAAUUUGCAAGGGGAUUAUGAAUUGGCUGAAAAUUUAUUAUUGUGGGAAUGAAAAUAUGUAUGUGCACUGGAGGAAAUGGGGGAGGAAGUUUCAAAGAAGACAUCAACAAAAAGUGGCUUAUGCUAGCUUGGCUGCCACAAUAUAUUACAUAUGGAAGGCAGGGAAUCAUGCUCUUUGGCAUGAAGCUGUUUGGAUCCCAGAAGCAACUAUCAAGAAGAUUCAGUGUGAUAUUAUUAGUAGAGUCAAAGCAAAAAUCUGUAGUAAAUGGAGUGAGGCUGAUUGCCAAUGUCUGUUAGAUACAGUGCCUUUGCUGUUUGUUGUGGAUUUUCUGAUUGUAGUUGGUGCUUUCAUGAUUUUGGGUUUAAAUCUUAAAAGGUUUAUUUGGACCCUUUGGAGUUUAUGGCUGCAUCGCAAUGAACGCCUUUUUCGAAGUGUUGCCCGUGAUGUAGCCUGCGUUUUAGGGAAGCUUCAGGAUAUCACGCAAGUAGACUCCCAAUUACUUGCAUCGUUACCGUGUUUUAACAACCUCAGAUUUCUUCAUUCCCCGGAACAAAACUUGCAUGCUCCGUCUGGAUUUCUUGGAGUUCAUCUGGGGACAGCUCAGUCUAGCAGUCCACAAUAUGUAAUUACUUUUGAUGCAGCGUGGAAGAAAGAAACAAAGGUAAUGGGGGGUGAUUGGAAUAUUCACUCCCCCUCUUCUUCCAUGCAGUUUAUUGCAAAAGGGGGUGGAACAUAUGGUUUAGCUAGUUCAUCACUGCAUGCUGAAAGCCACACUUUUCUGCAAGCAUUAUAG